AUGCCACCCAAAAAGGGAGGGGGCCCUUCCAAGGGCAAACAGCCGGUGAAACGGCCUGCACCCAAGAAACCUCCUCCAACUCUGUCCUCAUCGGAUGAUGAGGAUGGCCCUAGUAGGCAGGAGUUGAUGGAGCGCAUGGCCGCUCUGGAAAAAAGGGCAGCGGGUUUGGCAGUGGGUGGAGAUUUACCUCAGCCACGUAGGGGUGCGAAACGAGUCGCAAAAGUGGGAUUUAACAAAGAAUUUGCCUCUCGUCUGUUGGCACUAGAGAAGAUGACAGCCCUGAGUACAGGGGAACCUAGCUCCAGUCAUCAUCAUCAUCCUACUGCGCCUGAAGCGGAAGGAGAAGGCUAUCUGCCUGGGCCUGGGGACUGUGGACAGGUGGCUGUGGCGGUGGACUCUCCUCUGGCUGAAGGUGCCGUGUCGGGCCAUGAGAGGAGGAGGAUCCUGAUAUGUGGCCACAGCAUGGUGUUUUGGGCGGCCAAUCAAGCUAAGAACACGCCGAUUGGAUCCCAGUUGGGCCUGAGUGCUGUGGCCACAGUGGAGUGGCAGGGACGGCGGGGCCUCAGGUGGCCGGGCCUCUUGCCUCUCCUGUUUAGGGGGCGGUUGCAGCCGCCCCCGCACAUUGUGGUCAUCCACCUGGGUGGGAAUGACCUUGGCAUGGUACAGGGUAAGGCCCUGUCAGUGCAAGUAGCAGUGGACCUAGCAUACAUAAACGACCGAUGGCCUGGUGUGCUGGUUAUAUGGUCCGAGAUGCUACAACGUCGAGUUUGGCGGGAGGCUUUGAAUCCCAAGGCUAUUGAGAGGGCCCGCCGUAAGACCAACCAUGACAUCAGGAAGGCCUUGGGGCAGGGCUUGGGCAUUUAUCUGCCACACCCCAGGAUUAGGGCCGAAUUUGCCAACCUCUACAGAGGAGAUGGUGUCCAUAUAUAUAGAGCAAAGCUUUGUUCUUCCAGUCUCAUUGUAUUGAUAGGACUUUAUACUUCCAUUAGAAGAACUGGUCUUUAA